GGCGCACAGUGGUUGGAGACGGGUCGGAGGGUGGCAGGAAGGUCGGGCGCGCCCGCGGGUCGCGGGCUGCGUGCGCGCAUCAGAUAGCGGGGCAGCAGAACGGCGGCGUGUCGGCCGCCGGAUAACCAUCCUCUUUUGCAUUUUUUAACGGCACUCGACAGCGGCAGUGGCGGAGGUGCGCGGAGGCUGCCCGGGGGGCUGCAGCUGCAGCACCCCUCUGCCGCCGCCCCUGGCGCCGAUACGCCACCAGUCGCGGCCAGCCUCCUCGCCAGAGACUGACUGGAAGCUGACUGGAGGUCCGGGUGAGUUCUGGAGGAUUCCAGAGUCGCGGUCCACGGCUCGCAGGCACAGGUCGCAGGUCGCCUACGCCCCUGGCGCUCCGUCCCGCCGCACGCCAGCCAAGGGCGCGUGCCGACCCCUACACAGGCUGCAGGGGCGGCGCUGCUCUUCAGCCGGCCAUCGAAUCGCUCGAAUGUACGGCGCAGUGCGCGACAGGCAACACAUCCCCGGGAGCAGGCUCGGCGCCGCACGAGAUCGACGCCAGGAUGAUCCUGGGCAGCAUGUUCCCCGCGCGGCUGGACGCCGUCAACCCCGUGCUGCGGCAGCCGGCCCCGCCGGAAGGGCUCACCCCGCUGGACGGCCAGGGCCUCGCGGGCGUGGGCUCGGGCAUCUCGCACCGCACCAGGGCCGUCCUGUCCAGCAACGGCAUGCCCCGGAUAGGGGUGUCCCCGCCGGGCUCCGGGUCCCAGACGAAGACGCCCUUGUUCCGGGAGGGCUCGAGCAUGUACUCGGACGCGGACGAUGGCCAAAGGAAGAAGAAGAAGAGAUGCCUCACGUUCAAGUCGGUCUUCAACUUCUUGUACCUGGUGAUGAAGACUUCGUCCAUACAUGGAUUUAAUCAUAUGACCGACGAGAAGAGACACAUCCUCGAACGGAUGGUCUGGUUUGUCUUCCUCGUACUGGGAUGCUGGGGUGCCGUGGAGGUGUCGCGAUCCACGUGGAAGCACUACCAGGAGAAUCCCACUGUCAUCUCAAUGGAGCGGGACUACAAGGAGUGGAACACCUCCUUCCCGUCUGUCACCAUCUGCCCCACCGUCAAGUACGACGAGGCUGCGGUGGAGGCCAAGGCCGAAGAGAUGACCCACAUCCAGGACAAGGAGAGACUCAAGCUCUUCCUCAUGAAGCUGGCCAACGCGACCUACGACACCUUCGGGGACGUUCCUAACGACUUCUCCGACGAGAUCAAGCCGAGCGAGUACAUGGACCUCGUGCUGGCCGUGAAGCUGGACUUCUCCUACACGGUGAGCGGCAGCAAUACGGAGGCCAACACCGUCGGCGCGCUGCAGACCACUAUCACCGAGCACGGACUGUGCUACGCCUUCAACUCGGACAUUGCCGUGUACAACUCACCCGAGUACUUUAAGUCCAAAAACAACUCGCUGGUGCAGAGGGCCUGGUCCUUCUACGGCAGUCCCCUGGAUGGUGACGUCUUCGCACAGGUCAUGGACAUGAACUCGGGUUAUCUGGUGUACCUCCACAGCUCCAACGAGACGGCCGACUUCGCCUCGCAGCGGCUCGAGUCGCCCUCGGGCUCCUACAAGACGCUGGACAUCUCCGCCCUCAGCAUCUACACGUCCGAGGACGCGGCGAGCCUGGACGUGCCGCAGCGCCGCUGCCGCUUCCUCGUCGAGCCCAAGAGCCCCCUCAUCCUCAGCCCCGUCUACUCGUACAACCUGUGCCGCAACGAGUGCCGCAUGAAGCUGGCGCACCGGCGCUGCGGGUGCGUGCCGCACUUCUACCGGCCCGUGCACAAGUACCGCAUAUGUGACGUGAAGGGGAUGCACUGCUUGGCCAAAGAGACGGACCUCAUGUCGACGCUGAGGGACCCGGUGACGAAGAAGAAGGUAAAGUGCAACUGCCUGCCUCCGUGCGACGACGUCAACUACAUCAUUGAGAACGACCACACAAUGCCCUGGUUCCUCGGCACCAACCUCAAGUGGGGCAUGACCAAAUACCCGCGCAUGAGGCUCAAACGCGACGUCAUCUUCGGCUUCAUCGACGUCCUCGUGUCUGUCGGCGGCACGGCCGGACUCUUCCUCGGGUGCUCCGUGCUCAGCCUCAUCGAGAUCGUCUACUUCUUCACGCUCAAGGCCUUCUUCUACGUCCUGGAGCACCGCAACGACGACGAGGACGACGAGGACGAGGAGGGCCUGCAGGGCGGCGAGCAGCGGCCCGACUCGGGCAGCAGCGGCGACCCCGCCGCCACGCGCAUCAUGUUCGCGCCGCGCUCCUUCGCGCCCUCGCUGCGCUGAUGGGAGGGCGGCCCCGGGCUGGGCGGGGGAG